GUGUGUUUUCUUUCUUUUCCCGGAUGUAGCAUCACAUGAACUGACUGUCAACAUGCAAGAUGGCCACGCAUCACAGGCAAAAUGCUGCUGGGCGGAGGAAAGUACAGGUUUCCUAUGUGAUUAGAGACGAGGUGGAGAAGUACAAUCGCAAUGGAGUGAAUGCACUCCAGUUAGACCCUGCUCUGAACCGGCUCUUCACCGCGGGGAGAGACUCGAUCAUCCGAAUAUGGAGCGUCUACCAACAAAAACAGGACCCAUAUAUUGCAUCUAUGGAGCACCACACUGACUGGGUUAAUGAUAUAGUUCUUUGCUGCAAUGGAAAAACAUUGAUAUCAGCUUCAUCAGAUACUACGGUGAAAGUGUGGAAUGCUCAUAAAGGAUUUUGCAUGUCGACGUUACGGACGCACAAGGACUACGUAAAAGCUUUAGCGUACGCUAAGGACAAGGAGCUUGUGGCGUCGGCCGGUCUGGACCGGCAGAUCUUCCUGUGGGAUGUGAACACACUGACGGCGCUCACAGCCUCCAACAACACGGUCACCACUUCGUCGCUGAGUGGGAACAAGGACUCCAUCUAUAGUCUGGCUAUGAACCAGAUGGGAACAGUUAUAGUCUCCGGCUCCACUGAAAAGGUUUUGAGAGUGUGGGACCCUCGAACGUGUGCAAAGCUUAUGAAGCUAAAAGGUCACACAGACAACGUCAAGUCGUUGCUCCUGAAUCGCGAUGGCACUCAGUGCCUGUCGGGGAGCUCGGACGGGACCAUCCGCUUGUGGUCGCUCGGCCAGCAGAGGUGCAUCGCCACGUACAGGGUACACGACGAAGGCGUCUGGGCCCUGCAGGUCAACGAGGCCUUCACACACGUAUACUCUGGAGGCAGGGACAAGAAGAUUUACUGCACGGACCUGAGAAACCCGGACAUCCGUGUGCUCAUCUGCGAGGAAAAGGCCCCGGUGCUCAAAAUGGAGCUGGACAGAUCUGCUGACCCACCUCCAGCGAUCUGGGUUUCCACCACCAAGUCAUCUGUGAAUAAAUGGUCUCUAAAGGGAAUGCACAACUUCAGAUCAUCAGGGGAGUACGAUAAUGACUGCACCACCCCUCUGACUCCACUGUGUACUCAGCCAGAACAAGUUAUUAAGGGAGGUGCCAGUAUUAUACAGUGCCACAUUUUGAACGACAAGAGACACAUACUCACCAAAGACACCAACAACAAUGUGGCGUACUGGGAUGUGCUCAAGGCUUGCAAAGGAGAAGACUUGGGCAAAGUGGAAUUUGAUGAGGAGAUUAAAAAGCGGUUCAAGAUGGUGUACGUGCCAAACUGGUUCUCUGUCGAUCUGAAAACCGGAAUGCUCACAAUUACUCUGGAUGAGAGCGAUUGCUUUGCUGCUUGGGUGUCUGCAAAGGACGCUGGGUUUUCAAGUUCUGAUGGAUCUGAUCCGAAGUUGAACUUGGGCGGCUUGUUGCUCCAAGCUCUGCUGGAGUUCUGGCCCAGAACGCGCAUCAACCCCAUGGACGAGGAAGAAAACGAGGUGAACCACGUGAACGGCGAGCAGGAGAACAGGGUGCAGAAAGGAAACGGAUAUUUUCAGGUCCCGCCUCACACGCCCGUCAUCUUCGGAGAAGCAGGAGGAAGAACUCUAUUUAGGCUGCUAUGUAGGGAUUCAGGCGGCGAGACUGAAUCCAUGCUGCUGAAUGAGACAGUCCCACAGUGGGUCAUUGAUAUAACAGUAGAUAAAAAUAUGCCUAAAUUCAACAAAAUCCCAUUCUACCUCCAGCCCCAUUCUUCUUCUGGUGCAAAAACUCUAAAAAAGGAUCGUCUCUCGGCCAGCGAUAUGCUCCAGGUGAGGAAGGUGAUGGAGCACGUUUACGAGAAGAUCAUAAACCUGGACAACGAGUCGCAGACCACCAGCUCCUCGGCCAACGAUAAACCCGGAGAGCAGGAGAAGGAAGAAGACAUGGCGAUGCUCGCCGAGGAGAAGAUUGAGCUUAUGUGUCAAGACCAGGUUCUAGACCCCAACAUGGACCUGCGGACAGUUAAACAUUUUAUCUGGAAGAGUGGAGGGGACUUGACACUUCACUAUAGGCAGAAGUCGACAUGAAAUUUGUCAUUUUUACAAGCAAAACACUUGUCAUUUGCCAAUCACCACCCACCUCCACCAUGUAGUCCCCACUCGACCCCAUCACGUGCUCCAGAGUCGCCGUGGCAGUGAGAAACCAGUAAACGUCUGAGGACAUAAUCCAUGGUGUAUCUAUCAUAGGGGAAGUGACCAGAACACUCCACCACAGCCAACACACUCCUGAGGAAACAGUACUGGUUGUUUCACACUUCAAGGAAUGACCGGGUUUUUUCGCCCCUCAAUUUCAGCUACCUGUUUUUCUGUUCCUCGGAUCUUUGCCUGUCGGGCAUCCUGAAGCGACUGACGUUAGUCCGUGUUUGAGUGUGUAUGGAUGUAGUAGACUGUUGGCUCUAGUACAUUCCAGAAACUCUUCCCCGUUUGACACACUCUGCACCUGUCCUCCGCCGUCAGGACUACGCUUGGUUUCUGACUCGAAACAAAUCCUCAUCCGCUACCUUCACUUUGAACUCACCCACCGACUCAGACGCCUAAUCGUUGCAGAACCUCACUCUUUGUCUUCGUCUUUUGUUUUUAGCUGUGCUGUUCUCCACGAAUGAAUGUUUUGUUCUUUUUUUUUCUGUAAAUAUAUUUGCAAUUUCUUGGGGGGGGGGGGGGUUAAAUGGGUUUUGGGUUUAGCAACAGGUUUGUUUUUUUUUUUGUACAGUUUCUGUAAAAAAAAAAACUACUUUUUUUUUUUUUCUCAAAUUGCCAGAGCAGAUUGGUCAUCAUGAAAGUAACUUAACUUGAUUUUUAAGAGUUGCAUUCACAGCAACGCAGUUUACCCUGACAAAUGUUAGUUUGUUUUCCAAGUCACUUUAGGAAUUGGAAACAAGUAUAAGGUAUAUAUCUUAAUAACUCGAGCAGUGAUUUUGAUGGCAGUGAGGACUGUUCUUUGUGUACAUGUCAUUUAGAUUUACUAAGAGUAACUAUAACUUGAAGGGGGAUCUCAAUAGAAGAGCAUUAGGAGCAUCCAACCACUGUGGGAAACUCACCAAAGUGAAAUAAACGCUAACGGCUACGUCUCUCUUGGAGGUCUCGGAGCAGAGAUCUUUUCACUGUAAAUCUUCUGGAGUUAAUUUUGCCAUGACACGUGUGUGUGUGUGUGUGUGCGUGCGUGUGUUUGUAACGCCAUAAAGGAAAAACACAUGGAGCAAGCUCUGAUUGGCCAAAACAAGAAAACCUGGAGAGAGAGAAAAAAAAAAGAUAGGAAAUGUACCUCAAUUAGGCCAUACUACUGCAAUAUUCCUUGUAAUUUGUGAAAUAUGUAUAUUUUAGGCAUUCGAAGAAAUAAAUUGGAAUGACAGAUCUA